UUUAUACAUAUUUUUUUUUUCCUUACUUUGCUGUCCAUUAUUAUUCUUUCGCUUUAAUGAUGGCAACUACAAUGAAGAGAAGGCACAUUCCAAAUGUGUCUGAAAAACAUCAAGAUUACACUGCUAUCAUUAACAAUGAUAUGGAUGACAGUUCAAAAUUAAAAAACUAUAAACAUCUACCUCAACCACAACCAAUUAAAACUUAUUCUUCAAAUAAGAACAUUGCAUUUUUACAAAAACAUCAACAUACCAUCAUUACUAUUGUUUUAACUCUUUUAUCAUUUUGGACACGAUUCAGAAAAAUUGCUCUAAGUAAAAAUGUUGUUUGGGAUGAGGCACAUUUUGGCAAGUUUGGAUCACAUUAUUUAAAUCACGAUUUUUAUUUCGAUGUUCAUCCUCCUCUUGGUAAGAUUUUGGUAGGUUUCUCUGGCUGGUUAGCUGGCUACAAUGGUUCUUUUGGAUUUGAAUCUGGUGCUGUUUAUCCAGAACAUGUCAAUUUUGGUGCUAUGCGUAUAUUUAACGCGUUUUUUGGUGCUAUGAUGGUUCCUAUUGCUUAUCUAACAUGUGUUCAAAUGAAAAUGACAUUAAAAGCUAGCCUUUUAGCUGCUACUAUGGUAUUACUUGAUAAUGCCUAUCUUACUAUUAGUCGUUUUAUUUUGUUGGAUUCAAUGCUUCUUUUCUUUACCUGUACUUCCCUUUUCACGUUAGCCACUUUUCAUAAUUUGCGUAACCAAUCAUUUUCAACAAAAUGGUGGAUCUGGCUUAAUUUGACUGGUAUUUCAUUAGGAUGUGUACUAAGUGUGAAAUGGGUCGGCUUAUUUGCUGUGGCUGUUGUUGGAGUAUAUACGAUUGAAGAUUUAUGGAAUAUGUGGGGUGAUUUACAGAUGCCUAAAAAGACAUACCUUAGUCAUUGGAUUGCCCGUAUUAUAUGUUUAAUCUGUAUUCCUAUUUCAAUCUAUAUCUUUAGUUUUAUUUUACAUUUUAAACUUUUAUAUAAGAGUGGUCCUGGUGAUGCUCAAAUGAGUUCCCUAUUUCAAGCAAACUUGGAAGGAAAUUCUAUGACUAGUAAUCCUCUUGAAAUUGCUUAUGGUUCGAAAUUAACUAUCAAAAACGCUGGAUUUGGAGGUGGCUUGUUACAUUCUCAUGUUCAAACCUAUCCUGAAGGAUCUAAGCAACAGCAAGUAACCUGUUAUCAUCAUAAGGAUGAUAAUAACAAUUGGAUUAUUCGUCCACCUAGAAAUUAUGAUUCGAAUGAAUAUGAAUCACCUGAAAAUGAAGAGUUUAUUCGUUUCGUUAAAGAUGGCGAUAUAAUUCGUCUUCAACAUGAAUUAACAGGUCGUAAUUUACACAGUCACCCUGUGAAUGCACCAGUCACGUCAAGUGAAUGGGAAGUAAGCUGUUACGGUAAUGAAACAGUUGGAGAUAGUCAGGAUAAUUGGAAAGUUGAAAUUGUAGAUGAUAUGAUUUAUAAAGAAAAGGAUCGUGUUCGUUCUUUAACUACACGUUUCCGUCUUCGUCAUGAAAGAUUAGGAUGUUUAUUAACAGCGGAUGGAGGCACUUUACCUCAAUGGGGCUUUAAGCAAACAGAAGUGUAUUGUGAUAAGAGUGAUGAUGUAGAUAAUCCACAUGCUAUGUGGAAUGUAGAACAACAUUGGAAUCCUAAACUACCUCCUGCACCACCUAAUGCAUACAAGUCGCGUUUCUUCCGUGAUUUUAUUUCAUUGAAUGUUGCAAUGUGGAAUUCUAAUAAUGCUCUUAUCCCAGAUCCUGACAAGUAUGAUAUACUGUCAUCUAAACCUAGUGAAUGGCCUUUUGUUUCUGUUGGUCUUCGUAUGUGCGGUUGGGGUGAUAAUGAUGUUAAAUUUUAUCUUUUGGGCAAUCCUAUUGUUUGGUGGUUAUCCAUUGGAUCUAUCUUUGUCUUUUGUUUCAUUACUUGUAUCUAUAUUGCUCGUAUGCAAAGAAAGAUUUAUGAUUUAACAAGAGCUCAAUGGGAUCAUUUCUUUUAUGUUGGUAAAACCUUAUUCCUUGGUUGGUUCUUCCAUUAUAUUCCCUUUUAUAUUAUGGGUCGUGUCACUUAUUUACAUCACUAUUUCCCUGCACUUUAUUUCAGUAUUCUUAUGGUGCCUUUCUUAAUGGAUCAUUUUACUCGUAAUAGUCCUAAGCUAGUUCAAUCUAUUAUUUUCGGUGUAGUUUAUAUUGCUGUUAUAGCCACAUUUAUUCAUUUUGCACCCAUCUCUUUUGGUUUGACGGGUCCCAUCACAGACUACAAGUCCCUACAAUGGAGAGAAGGUUGGAAUAUUAUUGAAGAAAAAAGAAAUUAAAUUAUAUAAAAGAGAUACUAUGUUAGUAGCAUCAAUCAAGAUGAUCUAAUGAUUUACAAAAUUUUAAAGACAAUGUCUCGUCUUUGUUUUCGCUUACUUUGCAAACUAAAUAAGCUUCUUAUUUGAUGAUAACUGUUUUUAUUUGUCAUACAUAGACUGUAAGACAAACAAAUUUUGUAUUACAUGUA